UGUUGAAGCCCGAAGGAUAAGGCCCUGUGUCCAGUCACGUCUCCAUCAACUCCUUCCAACUCCACUCCCUUCCCAUCCAAUCCCAUCCCAUCUUUAACUCUGUCCUACUUCCUUCACAAUAAAAGACACCCACACCCUCCACCUUCCCCUCCCCCCCUUACAAGUAGCAACCAAGAAAAACCCAUUUAGUAAUCUUCUCUGUAAUCCACAGAAAUCACAAGAGAACAACAGAGUUAGUUAGUCAUGGGAUCAGAAACAAAGACAGGGGAGGAAGCAAGAAGAGGAAGAAGGAGGUCCAAAUCACCACAAAAGCUUUCCCUUUUCUCACUUCCAAUCCCACAGCAAUCCCAAGAUCCUCCAGGGAUGUUAACCCCACCAUUCAAAUCCCCUGCUUCAGUUCCUUUCCUCUGGGAAGAAGCACCAGGAAAGCCCCUUCUUACUUCCAACUCAUCCUCUUCCUCUGCCAUUGCCAGAUGCUUGGAGCUCCCUCCACGCCUUCAGUUAAUGGAGUCUUUCAACAACAAUACCCCCUCCCCUACAACUGUUCUUGAUGGGCCUUACGUUGGUCGCUCCUCAUCUUUCACUUCUUCCUCCUUUGGCAGAGACCCUCCUCCAUUAUUAAGAUAUUUUCGCAGAGGAACAGGAAGCCCUGAUGAUAGUGAUGGGGUUCUCCAAGUUGGGUCUUUGCUUCAUAGUAAGAAAAGAGAUGUCAUAAGCUCCAGCGGAAGAAGGUACUUUGGUUCUUCAGGGAAGAAACCCUCUUUCUCCUCCUCCAAGAGGAACCAAGAAGUUGGUGAGGUUGGUGUCGGAAGAAAUACAAAUUCGAAGGUGAAGAUUAGCAGGUUCAUGAGUACUGGGAGCAGCUUCCUUAGCAUUCCUCGAACCAGAUCAUCUCACUUAUGGGAAAGCAUUUAUGAAGGGCUUAAGCAGGUGGUCCCAUGGAGGAAUAAGACUACCAAGAAAGAUGGGCUCAUAGUUUGAUUGACCGACAAAAGCAGUAGUGAAAAGCAAAUUAAGGCUACAAUCAUCUUCUUCCUCAACCCCACUGGUUGAAUUUUCAAUCUACCUUCUGUAAAUAUGAAUUCCCAUAGAACCACAACUAAUACAAACCACAGUAACUAUCCAUUAAUGGCCGUCAACCCAUCAUCAUUGUGUUCCAUUUGUGAUUUUUAUUAGUAAUUUAUAGCUAAACGAAAUGACUAGUGACUGGUUAAUGAUCUUUUUCCA